AUGAGGAUUGCUCUUUCUUUGCUCUUCAUCAGGAAGGCAUCGUGCUACUUCAUAUUUGAUCUUAUCGAUGACUUUGUAAUGUACUACGAGAACAUGUUCUUCCCCAACUCGGUCGGCGCAUGGGCCAUACUUGCUGGCUCAUUCUUUGUAACCUUCUAUGGUUCUCGAUACCCAAGGAUAUCUCUGGCACCGUACAUAGCAGCGCUUCUAUACUACAACUUCUGUGAUAUAAGAGAGGGUCUUAACAAUGUCUCCCCCAAAACGAUACAAGAAUACCAUAUUCCUCCAGAUGUGCUGCAAACCAUGAAACAAGUCUUUGGAGGCAAAAACAAUGACCCAGCCUCCCUGUGGAUCGUCUCCUUCCUGCUGGGGUCUAUUCUUGUGUGGGCGCUCGAAAUGGCCAGUAAUCUUUUGUUUAUAGUUGGGCUCUACAUUAUAUAUAGAAUGUUUUUCCACAUAGGCUUUGAAACGUACAAGGAAUCUAAUCCAGAAGCUUUCUACAUCCUUCUUCUUGCGUCUUUUGGAGUGCUAUAUUACAUAACAAGAAGAGUAGCAAAAUAUUUUCUUCUAAUUCUAUUUGGAAUCACAGGAUCACUUAUACUACUGACUUCAAUCGAGCUUAUCACAGAAAAUAAUGAAAUGGGAUUCUAUGAUUUAAUACUAGACCUUGAGGACACUGAAUACCUAGAACUUACAUCUAUAUCCACGCCGGUGGCCAUAUGGAUAAUAACGGCCUUUGUGGGAAUGUUCUGGCAGUGGAGGUUCUCCGAAGAUAAAACUUAA